ACGAUGACUGCAGACCAGCCUUUGCUGGCUGUGCGGGAGGCCCUGAGGAGGUGCUUUCCGGCGGUGGAGGACCAGCAGGGCGUGUGGCGGAGCACGCUGAGCGACUGCCAGCCCCUCCUGGCCUCUCUUAGCAACCUGGCCGAGCAGCUGCAGGCGGUCCAGAACGUGCGGUUUGAGGAGGUGCACUCCCUGCGGGCCUUCCCCGACCUGAAGGAGCGGCUGAGGCACAAGCAGCUGGCUGCAGGGGACACCAUCCUGGACAAGCUGGGGGACAAGCUGGCCACCCUCCUCAAGGUGCGCGACACGGUCAGCAGCCACGUGGAGCAAGUGUUCCAGGUCUACCAGCAGCAUGCAGAUAGAAUUGGCAUCGAUGCCGUCCUGCAGCCUUCUGUUGUGAGCCCAUCUCUGGCCGACAUGUUGGAAUGGUUGCAAGAUAUUGAGAGACAUUAUAGAAAUUCGUACCUGAAGAGAAAGUACCUCCUUUCCUCGAUCCAGUGGGGAGACUUGGCAAAUAUUCAAGCUUUGCCCAAGGCCUGGGAUCAAAUUUCAGAAGACAAACACCAAGACCUCGUUCAAGAUACCCUGUUGAAUGUUUCCUUCUUCCUGGAAGAGUAA